GAUUAUGUUGCCGCAUUCGUUUGUGGUAAACGCGCCCAUACAACGCGAGAGAGGCGCAAAAAUGCUUCUCCGCUGCGCCCGACGCGCCGUGGGCCCUCACCCACGACGCCUGCUGGUCGCUGCCCGCUCCCGGCGCGUCACAACUGCACAAACAAAAAAGACCAUACUGGCCAGUGCAUCGAGUGCCAGUGCGCACGCCGACGACGCGGCGCCGCAACUGAGUGCCCAGACGCGAGCCGACGCGGCGCAGAGCAGCAACGACACGAAAGACGACGACAAGGACGGAAGCAGCCUCGCCGCCGCCUGGGCCGCGCUGCCCCAGGAGCACCGCGCCGGUUUAGGUGUAGUCACCGCAGCCACAGCAGCGCUGAAUUUUAGUUUUGGUGCUAUCGUGCCCGUGCUGCCGCAGUACGCGCUCGGUCUGGGUCUAGGGUCGAGCGGCGUCGGGCUCGUGUUGGCGGCGCCGGCGUUCGCGCGCGUCUGCCUCAACUCGCCCUUUGGUCGAUUGGCUGAUAGCAGAGGACGACGGCCGCUGAUGAUCUUCGGCGAGGCCGCGGCGGCCUGCGGCGUGGCCUUGACCGGUAUGGCGCCCACCGCAACAACUAUGGUCGCCGCGCGGCUGUUGGUCGGCGCGGGCGGCUCGGCGGCCAAUGCUGGCAGCACGGCUUAUGUGGGAGACGUUACUGGAUUGCCCAAGGUCCAAAGGCACCGAGGGUUGAUACUGGGGGUCCAGUCCGCGGCGACGGCCGGCGCGUGGGUGCUCGGGCCCGCAUGUGGUGGAGUGCUCGCUGGACUUUGGGGCGCGCCGGGGAGCUUCGCGGCGAUGGGCGGCCUGGCGAUGGCUUGUGCUGGAGGAUACUACGCUCUGGUGCCGGAGACGCUCUCACUUGCUACAAAGGCGGAUGAGCCUUCAUCAUCAUCGUCGUCGUUACUACACGAGCCCGCGCAGCGGACCUGUUUAGCUCUAAAUGCGGUGCUCCACGCGAACUACGCGGCGAUCCUCGCGAUCAUGCCGCUGCGCUGCGCGGACGUCUGGGUGACCGCGGGGCCGCUCGAGAUCGGGGCGCUCUUCUCGGCGGUGUCGGCGGUCGGCGUCUUCGGCGGGCCGUUGGCCGGUAAGAUGUCGGACCGGCACGGCCGCGCGCCGGUCGUGUGUGCGGGCCUCGGGCUGGCGGCGUUAGGCGGCGGCGGGUUAGCCCUGGCGGACGCGGUCGAGCCCUUUACCGCGGCCUUUUUCGCAUGGGGGUUCGGCGUGUCCGUGGCCGGGCCGGCGCUCACGGCGCUGACGAACGACGUCGCUCCACCAAGUAGACGGGGCGAGUCGCUCGCGCUGUCGCGGACGGCGGCGGACGGCGCGCUCUGCGUGGCACCGGUCGCGCUGGGGUUGUUGGCGGACCUCGCGGGCUCGACGGCGGCGCCUUUUGCGGUCUGCUCGCUGGCUACUGCCGGGGCUGUUGGUUUUCUCGGGACGCGGGCGUCGGACCUUCCCUCAAAUGUAAAGUCAUAGUUUUGUUGUUCA